AACUAGAAAAGGAAAAAAAGGAAAGGAAAAAAAAGGUGGGCGGAAUGUAGAAGGGGAAAUAAUUACGCAAAUGAAAGAGAGAAACGAGCCAUUACGCAAACCUAGAACUGGAACUAUUUUCCCCAUGCUCUUAAAGACAAAAACUUCAAGUGAACUUGAAUAACUCUUUUGGUAUUCAGGAAGGGGACAAGCCAGUUACAUUCUUUUAAAAGCGCAGUCGCAGUCAUAAUAUUUUCACUUCAGACUUGUUUACAUGUGCGUUUCUGGCUGCGGAUGGUUGGAAAAAAAACUUCCUUGAUAAAUAACUUGCGAACUUUAAAUUGCAUUGUUGUACUUUAAAGUACUGCAGUACUCUGCUCUGUCUAUAGAGGCCCCCCAACUCCCACAGAGUCGCUGUUCAAGCCUAUGGGCUACAGCAGUGUUAUGUAAUUGUCACUGAAAUAGCUUUGCAUGUUAGAAAAAUAAAGAACCCUUUAUUAAACUUAUUAAAAUGUGAAAGCAAUGCUAAAUACUUGAAACAUCCUCAAUUCAGACUUUUACCUAAGGAUAAACUACAUACACUUUAAGUAUCAAAAGAAUCAGAAUAGCUUCAGUACCUGUAUUGCCAUUUACUAAUAAUAUCUAAUAAAUAAAGGAGGAGCAGAUCUCAAUUACUUGACACUGGGUGAUUUUAACUCUAGAAAUGCCUUCAGUUUUAAAAAUAUAAAUCUACAAGUACAUUAGUGGCAGUAAAGUUGUAAGAAAAAAAUGUGACAGCAUUUUAGGAAAAGCAAUAUUACUAAAAUAUACUCAAUAAGACUUCAUCAGAACUCAAAUCUCAGAAGAGCCCAAUCAAUUUAGUAGAUCAUUAUGGACGUCAUGGACAAUAAUCCUUCAAAAUAAAGACUAUAACUCUUGUAUGUAUGUUCAUGUCAUUGCUAUCUUCUGGUGUUUGUAACUGUGUCAAACUGUGCAUCUGUAUCUAUAGUUCUGCUGACAUUGUUUAUUGUGUUAUUUAUAAGUACCUAGGAUAAUAAAGGUUUGGAGAAAAUACCAACAAUAAAUCUGAGAGAAAGUGAUUCAGAGACUGUCAAAACAUUAUGAAGUGUUUUUUUUUUUUUUUUUUUUUUUUUUAAAAAGAAAAGAAAUCAGGUGUCAGGUGUGCUUAAAAAAAAACAGGCGCGCAAGCACCUUUGAUGUCGACACAUUAAUCCUUUCCAAAGCAAAAGCAACAGAUUUACACAGCCAAUGCUUACGUGCCGUUUUAAGCUUUAACAAAGUGUGACUUACUGUGAAAACACGAACUCCGUUCAGGCAGGUAAACCUGUUGUUUCCCGGACUUCUCGUGUGUCAGCCUGACACGCAAGGUAAGUGUUGUAGGAGGGGCAUGUAAUGAAUUAUGCCUUCAGUUGUACAGGUGUGGAUUGGCGCCUCUGUCCUCAGCCUUCAGUUGCUGCCGAGGAACUUAGGUAACAUGUUUGACUGCGAUGGGCCAUGGGACUCCUGAUAAUAUGAACUGGGCUGGACUACUGCAGAAUCUGCUGCUUCUGGUACAUAUCACACUGAUUACAUGUGGUUCCGUCCAGUUUUCUCUCCCAGAGGAGCUGGAGCCCGGAACUCUGGUCGGAUCACUUAGUAAACACUUUCAACCUCCAUACCAGCUCUUAACUCAGGAAUACCUAUGGGUGGACAACACCACAGGGAAUUUCUAUACCACAGAAAAAAAAAUGGAUCGCGAGGCCCUCUGCCCCACGGAGACAAAAGCUGAGGAAUGCAUUAUUCCACACAAUGCUAUCGUUGGGCCCUCGGGAGACCUUAUACAGUUUCCUGUGAUCAUAGAGGACAUCAAUGACAAUGCACCAUAUUUUGAGAGGACUGAAAUACACCUGAGGGUCUCUGAGGAUGUGACAGUGGGGACCAGUUUCUUAUUGGAUGACCAGGCUCGGGACAAUGAUGUUGGCCUCAACGGAAAGCUGCGGUACCACCUGAAAGGUUCUGAUGAUGUUUUCAGUUUAAAAGUCGAUGAAGAUCUGAUUGUGUUGGUUGUACAGACAGCUCUGGACAGGGAGACACAGGACACGUAUCAGAUGCAGCUGGUGGUCACAGACUCUGGCGCAGAACCUUUAAGUGCAACAGCAACUUUAGUAGUCGCAGUGACAGAUGUCAAUGACAACUGUCCAAGCUUUAGCUCCGACAGCCCCCGCAGUGUCACCAUCCCGGGAGACUCUCCAAAAGACAUGGUGGUCGCUCAGGUCAGAGCCAUGGACCCAGAUACAGGCCCGAACGCUGCCAUCGUUUACUCCCUCAGUCCCAAAGUCUCUGAGCGGGCUAAGGAGCUCUUUAGUCUCGACAGUCUCACAGGGUGCAUCAGACUAACACAAGACCUAGAGAGUGACAACUCCGAGGAGCUGCUGUUGAAAGUGUUAGCUAGUGGCCAUCACUGCCCCCCAGCAGACACUCAGGUAACUGUAACUGUGCUCCCCAAGGCCAACCAAGAGCUGACGAUCAAGAUCGGGUUCAUAGCAGAGCAUCAAAACCAGACGAUGGUGAUACCAGAGAACCAGCCCCCUGCCGUCUUAGCUAUUUUGGAGCUUGAGGAUGAAAGUAGCUUUAAAGGCUCAUCUCUUGCCAUUGAGGGUGAAGUGCCUUUCACUUUGAAACCACAGAAUGGCAAAUAUCUGCUUUCCACAUCAAAGCCACUAGACUUUGAGAAAAAAAGGGAACAUCUAAUUUCUGUGAUAGUGCAGUGGAGAUCGGCUGAAGGAUCUGUGAUCGUUCCUUUAAGGCGAGUCAUCAGGGUGGUGGUGGCAGAUGUCAAUGAUAAUGCUCCACGCUUCAUUCAGUCUCACUAUGAGCUGGAAGUGGAGGAAAACAACCAGCCAGGAAUGUCACUGCUCCAGGUCUCGGCUUCAGAUGCAGACAGCGAAUACAACGGCAGAGUAACCUACAAGCUGGACAAAAGCACAUCUGCAAUCUUUAACAUUGACUCCAUAACAGGUCAACUGUCUGUGUCAGCUCCUCUGGACAGAGAACAGCAGAGUGUACAUAAACUCACCGUGUUUGCGCGAGAUAGCGGUUCUCCUCCGCUGGAGUCCAUGGCCACAGUAGUCAUUCGUGUUCUGGACCAGAAUGACAAUGCACCACUUUUUCACACCCCUCACUUCACCUUUUUCAUCGCUGAAAAUGUACCAUCGUUUGAACAGGUGGGCAGGAUAGAAGUGAAAGACCCCGAUGAAGCGGAUAAUGGGAACAUAGAAUUGCGUGUUGUGAACAGCAGUGGACCUUUUGUUGUAGAUAACACCCAAGGGACACUACGCACAACCACUGACUUGGACCGAGAGAUACAGGACCGCUAUGAUUUCUACCUGUUGGCCAGUGAUCAUGGACAUCCAGUCGCUUUGACUUCCACUGCCAGGGUAACUAUCUUUGUGGAGGACAUCAAUGACAACAAGCCAAAAGUGAUCCUUCCCAGCAGUAACUCUUCGUGCCUUACUGUCUCACCAGGUACCCUGACAGGUACUAUGGUAACAAAGAUCUAUGCCAUCGAUGAGGACUCAGGCUUGAACUCGGAGAUUACAUACUCUGUCGUGGCACCAGGGUCAGAGCAAAACAGCAGCCCCUUCCAGGUAGAUUCAAGGUCAGGGAACAUCAUCCUAAGUCAGCGGCUUCUACAAAAAGACCUGGGAAUGCAUCACCUCUUCGUUGUGGUCAGAGAUGGAGGGAAACCAUCUCCACUUUAUACAACUGUCUGGGUCAAUCUGCUGGUCAAUGAGAGCACGGAGCCCUGCCUCUUGGAGAGGGUGCCCACCUGGACAGGAACGGCUGAUUUGGUUCAAAGCCCUUCAAAGAGCCCAAUCUGUGAGGCGGAGACAUCCAGGUUUGCACAAAUGACUCUGUUAAUAGGUCUGGGUAUGUUUGUGGCAUCAUUGUGUUUGCUUGUGGUGACACUAGUGCUUUACCUGAAACAGAGGAGAAAUAAGUCGACAUCGAAACAAGACAGGUACGACGAAAAUGGGAUUCCACUCAGGCUCAAAGACAAAUACUACUCUGACGAAUAAUGGGGGG